AUGAAGUCAGAACAACCUUCGUAUGCGGACUUGUUCCGGGAGCUACGCGCAGAGCCAAAGUUGACUACUCUUGACGAGAGCGUUACCAAAACAAGACGUACCCUACAAGACGAACUGCUCUUCGAGCUACAAAAAAAGACCCGGCGAGGAGCUCGAGAAAGCACUCUCCAGCAUACCUGGAAUGAGCAAGAAUCAGUAGCUAUAAAACUAAGAGAGGCGUACGGUGAAAUGCAGAUUGCAACGAUCCGCCUCUCACCAACAGCGGUCAACACGCUACAGACGGUAGGGAGUGUAAGAGUUGGACGAUGCAACGCUGCUCCGAUUGCUGGGAUUUUGGUCAUCUAUCCCGAAGCUGCAACGGACCUGACCGGUCACGAAGCUGUCGAAGAUGCGUUGAAGAGGGACACUUCGCUCAAGAAUGCAAAAAUCAGCCAAAGCAGGCGGAUGGCAAUGCCCACGCAACUGGUGGCUUGGACUGCCCGACAAAUUGGAAAACAACAGCAGGACCGUUCGAAACAAGCACUGGAGAAGCUGCAAAUUCGGAAGGAUUACGAGAAUCUGAAGGUGGAAUUGGAUAAAUUGGUGCGUGCCGAAAGCAAGGUUAAAACAUCUGAAGGGGGCCCCAAACCUCCGCCAACGGAAACUCAGAAGCGACAACGGGCGGAAACUAGGCAGAGUCGAAUGAACGAAGCGGUGGAAGAUCUGCUCAAGCAACGGGUACUUAUCACAUGUCCGGUUGUUCGCGGAAGACCAACAACUGCUCGGCAGGAAGCGGCGCGUGCUACAGCUCGUGCAGCCGAAAUAAACGUAGCUGGAGCCACUUCGGCUGCCGCCGGAUUUCUAGAUACUGACCUUCGUGAUUCCAAUAGCUCGGACAGCUUCAGUACCAUUCUGUUGGGGUACGAUCCAGCGACUGGGAUUGAAAGACCGCGUAUCCCUCUCCCGGCGGGGAAGGAUGAAAGUAAGAUUUCCAAAUAUAAGGAGCUGUUGGAACAGUUGAAUGUUCAAAAGGCUUUGUUGCUGGAUGAACUGAAAAAAGAAGAGGAAAUCGAACAGGAAUUGCUGCGUCAACCUGAGGUGACAAAGAAAGGUAGUAAGCAAAAGUCAGACGACGGUAUUCAAAAGUUGAAACAGAGACAGUUGGAGCUUGAAGAACAGCAGAAGAAGUUGCAUGAGAAGGAACGUGAAAUAUUUGAGCUUGAAAAACAGCUCAAGGAAAAACUGGAGCGUCUUGAUAAGAACAAGGCUAAACCUAAGAUUCCCAAGUUCCACAUAGAAGCAAAAGGAUCGAUUGAUGCGGAAGUUAAAACCGUACCGGAUACCGAUUCCAACGAGAGUCUUCAAUCGGGCACAGAUAUUCCGGUUAAGAUUGUGAUUGUGGUGAAUGAAAAGUCGGAGAAAAAGGCGAAGAAGACGCCUAAGAAACCAGCGCCUCAGGAACGCAAAAGAAAAGCGGUGAAGGAAGCACCGGAAAAAGUACCGAUUUCUGACCCGGAUCCUGUACCGAUUCCUGCAUUAAUUAAAGCUUCUAAACCAGUUGUUAAACCUAAAGAUAUACAACCACAGGAAAUAACGGUGCAGCAAAACUUGGACCAAUCACCAAUAAGUUCCACCACAUCGACAGUCUAUCGGCAACUUCCGAGUCGAAUUGACAAUCGAGUUGGAAAUUUCUUAAACCAACUUGAACAAAAAAGUUAUCAAGAACCUGCACUUACACAACAACGUCAAUCCACGAGUAAAGUAAAAAGCGCAGCUCCCAAGCACCGGUUGGAAAAAUUAAAAACUCCUACCCCACAACCCCAGAGUCAAGAAUUGAACCCAGCACUUAUGCAAUACAUAAUCCGACUGCUAGGAAUGUCUCGCCAAUCUAUCGAUCAGCUAGGUGUGAGUUCUUCUACAUCAGUAUCGACACCACAUGAUUCCGUGCUGAACGUCGCUGGUAAUCAAUCGACACCAUCUGAUGAAAUCAGCGUAGAAAACCAAUCACGCAUGGAUCGCUUACGUAGAUUUAUCAAUCAAAACUACGACUUUUUAAAUGAAAUUGACGAAACUUUGAAGGAGCACCAACUUAGUGGCACGGUAGACGAAAACAUAAGCCGAGUGGAAGAUGUUUGGAUGAAGACGCUUACCCGUAAGGAGCAACAGUCAACUCCGAAAACCAAGGAACCUCAAAGAGCACCUGUCCAAAUAGGACAAUCGCCACCAGUUAAAGAUACCUCACUGAAAUCGAUUCUCAAAUCACCGAAAAAACCUUCCCCUAAACUAGCCAAAAUAAUUACUCCUCAAGGGCACAUCGAAGUGAUCAACUUGAGUGAUCGUGAAGAACAGGAGGUUCUCGAAAAAUAUGCACAAAUGGCAGAAGGAUGUAAUAAACGAAUCACCGAACUGUCGGAAAUGAUCCGCAAAGUUCGGGAAGAGAAGAAAAAGCUGAUUGAAAACAGUAUAUCCUCCAGUGAGCCGCAGGAGUCCACUAAAUACAUGGACCUCCCAGGGACAAAACCUCCGACAAACACUCAAUUAACAGCGCGGACAAGCCAGCAGCCGGCCGACGAAACCAGUCCCCGAUCGGCCAGGGACGAUCCGGUGAGCGAGGAACUUCGUGGCAUCUUCACGGCUUCGUCGGCCCAGCAGCGGCAGAUUGGGUUGAGCAAGGACAGCGGAAUCGCCAUGUCACGGCCGGUGACAUCGUCUGACUUUCGUGACAGUCCCGAUGUUGCAGCAUCAACAUCACAGCAAGCACACACUCGACCUGCGCAGUUCGUCGAAUCUUCCGAGGAUCUGAGCUCAGCGCGGGAAGCACCGAUGGCGGAGGAACCAGCCUUCGAACCACUACUCAAGGAUAUUCCUAAGGUUAAACCUCUUGAUUCGCAACGUCCUGAUCUUCCGCAAGUGAAGGACCUGCCGGCAAACCACAAACAACAACGCACAAAGCCUCCGGUUGCGAUUACUCGGUACAGUCCCCAGCUGGAUCAGCCGACUACCGCACACGAACUGUCUACAAUUCUAGAGGUUGAGACGCCCGCAGCCUCCAAAAUCAAUGUUUCGAUCCCCAAUGAAAGCGGGACUGUCGCUGCGGCCAUCGCUGAUAGUGAACCAAUAGAUCCAGCGGAACAAUUACUGAUCGAAGCUAGGGACAAGCUGCUGGAACAUGCUCGUGCCCUCGGGUACGAAGGUUUCCCCAACUAUGAGGAGUACAUUCAACGGGAAAAUCUCGAAGACACCCGGUACGAUUUGGAGCGAACCAAUCUAUCUAGACUGAACGAGCUGUUGAACAUGACCGGUUCGAGCGAUAUCUUGAAGUAUCGGAAAUAUUCUGCGCCAGCCCCGGAGAUGAACAUCACCGAAGACACUUCCAAAGAAGGCGAAAGUGUUGACAACAAGAGAAAGCCUCAAGCUUGCAGUAAUUCUAGUUCUAGCGCGUCCCUUCCCGAUGUCAUAGCUGAGCUGAAGCUCAGAAAUCUUGUUGAUAAAUCCUUCAACAUUUAUGUUGAUGAUUCUAAUCGAUCCACUCCAGAUUCAGGGUCGCUCGAAAUUAUUCAACCCGUCCCAAUUGUUGAAAGGCCUUCGUCUCGGAAGGGAAACGAUCACUCAGAUGCCACCGAAUCUCUGGAGCGUGACCUUCAAAAACUGGGUCUCCGUUGGGCUUCUUCAAUGUUGAAAAAGAAUCAAGAGGUACUGCGGGAUCAAUCCAGCAGCUCAUCCUUAUCUGCAACCGUUGAGAGACGUUCGAACACCAGAAACACAAAACUCAACGAUCAGAACGAAAGUGGCGCUCCGCUCAACCUGAAGCAAUUCAUCGCUCGGGAGCUGAUGAUCAGAACCCAAACCGAUCUCAACUCCCUUUCGGAUUCGUCCAGUCCUGGAAGUUUUUUGUUACGCUCGCUGCUGGACAUCAGUAACAUCAACACCUCUACCCCAGAACUUUUGACGCAUACGACGACGGAUAAAAACGUGCAACGUACGUCAACUCCGGUGGCAACCAAAUCGUCGAUCAGUACUCCGCGGGAUCAGCGUGGCGGUCCUUCCAAUGGUGUUGGUGGUGGUCGUGACACAGGAGCUAACGCAACCCUCGACGGAACCGGCGGGCUUUUUUCCGGUGAGUCAAGAAUCUCUUCGGUUCAUUUAAGUUCCGGUUCUUCUGGAGGCGAAAAUAAGCUGUCCGCUCCGAAUGUCCGACUGGAUGUGGAACGAUUCAAACAAGGGUGAGAGAGACCCCUUUUUAAUGUAAUUUUAGCACGUUUUAAACAGUGACUUCUGCUCAACGUUAAGUUGUGAUGUUUUUAAAAAGUAAAUUAAAUAGUUAAAUUUCGUUAAUUUGAUUCCAAAACGCAGUCAGUCUUUCUGACCAAGCAUUUUAAAAUUGCAAUUUUGAAAUAUUAUAUUAGGAUACGAUUAAGUUUUAAACACUAGUUGAAAUGAUUGCAUUUAAGUUUAUAAACAACAAACAGGAAACCGCUGAUCUGAACUGUUAAAUUUAUAACCGAAAAAUACAUUUUAUCAACACA